AUGACUAGCAUUUUAAACGUUAAGGACGAGCCCAUCUUUGACGAUCGCAUCGUCAAGAUCGAGACUCACACAUAUAAUCCGUUCGCCAACACAACGUUCGAACACAGCGAUGAGAUAAGAAUACCUAUACAACAGCAAGAUUUAUACACGUUACCAUCUGAAAGUUUUCUAUACAUUGAGGGAAAACUUACGAUAAAAAAACCAGCUGAGGGAUCCGAUGUGACAUUGGGAAAUAAUUGUAUUGCGUUCAUGUUCGAUGAGAUUCGAUACGAGCUCGACGGUGUGGAGAUUGAUCGCAACAGAAACGUUGGAAUAACCAGCUCCCUCAAGAACUAUGUAACUAUGUCAUCCGACAGAAGCGUAAUCGCAAGGAACGCCGGCUGGGAUCCAUGGAAUCUCCCGAACGGAUAUUUUAAUUUUUGUGUACCACUCAACAUGCUACUGGGAUUUUACGAAGAUUACAGACGCGUGGUGAUUAACGCUCGUCAUGAGUUGAUCUUGAUACGCGCGCGCAACGACAACAAUUGUUUAGUUGGAUCUGUACGAGUUUCCGCUAUUGCAACGCACAACCCAACAUUCGUGGGCCAUAAGACUGCUACUCAACUCGAAAAGCCACGAUAUAUCAUUUUCGCUCUGCAAGCCGGUCGGAAGAACGUUAUGCUUGAGGAUGCGAGUCGAUUCGAUCAUUACAAAUUGACAAACGUAAAACUAUAUCUAAACUCGGAAUGUUAUCCGUAUGACGAUAUGAAUCUGGAUUUUGAAAAAAAUAAAUGGUCGAUUCUCUACGACACAUACACGCGUUUCUGUAAAACCUAUUACGGAUAUGAUUAUCUCGAGCCGAAUCAAACUGUCACAACUUUUCGGCAAAAAGGCCCGUUCGUAAUCAUCGAUUGCUCUCGACAAAAUGAAUCGGUCAAAAGCGCGACCGUGGACGUGCGCUUAAAGUUUGAAUGCAAAGAGAACGUACCCGCGAGCACCACCGCGUACUGUCUUAUCAUACACGAUCGUGUGGUUCAGUACAACCCAUUGACCAACGUUGUGCGCAAAAUCACCUAA